CCACCUCCUCAGCUCAUACCGCCAAGGCCUCGUAAUCUGGAUUUGGAUCCGGCAUGAGAUUACCAUUGCAGUGACGAACAGGAUGCCGUUGCGGUUGAGCCCGUCAGACUGGGGUGUUAGCUGGUGAGAAGGUGAGGUUGAGAAGGAUAUGUCAGGGAAUCAGGUCUUGUGGUUGGUUGGGAGGGCGGUGGAUUGUGUUUAUGGAAUGGAGGAGAGAUUGCUCUCUGGAAUACGAUGGAGAGAUGGUUGGGGAUGGGCUGUAUAAGGUGCAUUUUGCGGUCCCUCAAACAGGUUCGUUCAUUCCCACUCCCAAAAUCCCCCAAGUUUGUCAAGUCUGUAUACUGUAUACUUCAAUCAGUCAGCACUGUUGCUGUAAACCGCUAUCCUUCAUACACGAAUACACGUCCCGUCACCAUGUAUGUAACACAGCAGAAACAUGACCCCAGUUCAAUCUAGGAUCGAAGGGUCCCUGCCCUGGCGUUUGCCCUUCAUUCUGCUUGUCGAUCUGGCUGUGGCAUUUGUCUCUGCAGUCCCGCUCUACCUCUCGGUCUCACCCCGAUGGCUACAGCUCCAUGGAAGGGCCGAGGAAGCGGAUGACGUAUGGAAGACUCUUGGGGUCAAGGUAAAAGAUCGCCAGGAAAUCGAGGAAGUGCUCGAAGACGAGGUGGUUGAUGGCUAUGAUACCGGAGCCGAGAACACAGUGAGCUCGUGCAGCGGCGCAGCGCGCUGGAUUGUGAUUGUUGCAUAUACCUGGCCCAACAAGGACGAGAAGUAUGAGCAUGAGCCGGGAAAGCGCGACCAUGUAAAUUACCGGAUCGGGCAAGUGGCUUCUCGCGGAGAAAUGCCGCUGGAGGGCCCGUCCUGA